GGCAAGAGCUGGGCAAUAACAUGUUUGCUAUCUUGUCUCUGCCGGUUUUGGUAAGGAAUCUGUUAGCAAGACAUGUGGGAAUCGGACUGAGGGUCGCCUCAUGAGUUCCUCAAACACCAUGGUUCCCGAAAAUGAGGAAAAUGGAUGUCAAUGCACCCGUUACGUGGGUGUGUCUAUGGAAAAUCAGAUAGCCCGUCAAAACCGCCUCCUCAUGCCUGACUUUCCAUCAUCGCCCCAAAGUCGUUGUCCAUAGCAAAUUCACACCGAGUUUUCUCAAUAAGUCUUGUCUACAACUAAGUCGAUGCCCUCUGCCUACCAACUCAUCAUCAUGCUCUCACCAUGUAGGUAGUCUAGUGUAAAAGAUAUCCCGAACUACAACGUCUGCCAAAUCCUCCGCCAAGGUCUCGAACAAGCCAUCUUCGGUUGAUGUCCCGACACCAAAAGAGAAGGUUGGUUGUUUGUCUUCCUUGCUUUCUCAGUGUUCCCUGCAACACUGGAAAGGUCGGAAGCAUGUGGAGUUUCCAAUUGUUCCCCUGCGUAAGACUACUGCUCCCACACGGACCACAUUCCGUGAUCGCUCCGAGAAGACGACAACGACCAGGGAACGAACGUUUCGUGUCUCGCCUGCGCUCGCUGUUGGGUAAAAGCUUGAAACAUACACACUACUGCGUACCGCUUUUUCUCACGCGAUUUAUUUCUAUUACUGGACCGCGACCCGCAUCAACUCACCAGGUACAUAGUAGUAUGUAUGUACGGGGAGGGACAUCGUGCCAUCCAGUCGCUUUUCGGAGACCGUUAGACGCCACAGAGCGUGGGUAUGUCGGUGUUCGGGUUUGGUCGUCAUCCUUGCCUUCCGUGUUUGCGAUAUGCAUCACUGUGACGCCCUCGGGCAGGAAGGAUAGCUCGGAGCCUCAGGCAAAUCAAAGUCGUACCAUCCGAUCCGGAUCAACGCUGGGCAACAACGCCAGGGACCCUGUUACCUUAGACAGGAGACUCGGCAGAAAGGGUCUGAGGUUUCCUUGAUGUUCAGGGCUGAAGGA